CCGCGCCCACAUGUAACCAGAGCCACACUGAACGGUGAAUACACGACUUCGAUCACCUCGACACAAGUAGAAGAAAAGGACCCAAAUAAUGGAUAAAACGUAUUUGAUAGGACUGAUCUUGACCUUACUGAUGGUCGUCUCUUACGAAGGUGCAACGGCAACAAACAGGAAAUACGUCACCUAUUCCGAUAGAAAAGCCGCACGUGACCGAACAGUGCAUGUAGAAGACAACUUUCUCAGAUUUGUCCUUGAAAGACAGACGUUGUUUUGUCCAAGCGUCAGCACCUGCACGUUGUCUUACUCCAUGUCCUCUGAUGACUCGUGCUGUGCCCCCUGUAGUUGUAACGUCACAGCUGCACCCCUAGAUCACUGCCCCGACUACGUUAGGGAGGAAAUCCGAACCGCUUGUUUAAAUCCUCAAUACAUAAACAAAUGGAACAAGACGAAAUCAAGUAGAGAAAGUUAUUUCAUGAUAAACCGAUGUCCAACUAGUUACGACGACGCCUCCAUUGGACGUCUAUGUGUUCGGGGACAUUCGUUGUAUCCGUACAAUAUCUCGAUGGUUUUACCGGUGACUGAUGCCGCCAACGAUUUAACAUACAGGAAUGUAUUCUGUGCCGUGUGCAAUUCCAGAUUAGAAAGAGAUCUCGUAGCCUGGUCUGGGAAAUUAAACUGCUCUUCUCAAUCAACGUUAGAUCCAAAGACUAUGACCGAGCUUCUAGAGAUCGUUGCCAAUGACGAUCAGUGCAAUGUGUUGUUCGAACCCCCAAUUCAUAUGACCCUAGCAAAGUGCAACACACAUGGACUGAUUUCUGAGUGUAACGUAACAGGACAAUGGAGUGUCUUUGACGAGGAUUUAGACCGAGCGUGUACAAGUUACCGGUCUGUUUACAGGGAUGCCUAUCAGAACAUAUUCUGUUUCUUAUGUAACGUUAACGAGGAACCGUUUAAGACCUGUGACAGAACAGACAACACGAGGACAGUGAGAAUCUUUCCUAACCCCCCAGUAACGACCUUCUCUGCUGCACUCGAGCCAAUCAUGGUAUCCGACUUACGGUUCCGACACGACAUUGUAUCAGUCUGCCCCAGUGGGACUCGAUAUGAUGGCAUCAAGAAAACCUGUCGCGUCAUUGUCUGCAGCCAUCCGCUUGUUAACAGAAAUGGCAUCUGUACAACUGUUUACCAGUUCGUCAAUCUCCGGCGAUACUCGGUCAAUCUCGUCAUAUACCCACAUUACAACACGUCCUACAAAUGGCUCAACAAUCCCUGGCUAGCGAAUCAUCUAAACAAAUUUAGCAUGGAAUAUCUGACCAUGGCAUUGUCUCCGUGGCAAGUCCAUCAAUGUUCAAGUGGUGCAAUAAGUAUCAUCAAAACUAGAUUAAGGGAUGUAUUUCCAAGAGAUAACGAGACACAGGUUAUAUAUGUGAAAGUCCCCACAGAUUUUAUCGUGGAAGGAAUUUAUAAUGACGUAACAGUGAUGAAACAGUUUAUAAAUAGCAAAAUAAAAAGUAAUAACAUUACUAUAAGAAAUGACGAUAUAUAUUUUGACAUGUCACUGUUGACGUAUGCUAAAAUGGAUAGAUUAUCAAAGGAACCAGUGUUCAUUAACGGGUUGGAACUGAAAGAAAUCAUGCCCAUGCCUUCUUCUCACGCUCAAAAUGGGGAUAUGUUGUGCAGGGUCCGAAUGCCGACGUUUGAACUAUCGUCAUUCACAUUGUGUCCCAAGAUAAACAUUUCGAUAGAGGACUAUAAUGCAACAAGAGUUAACGACUCUUUGUGUCUAUCUGACCUUGACCUUUGUUACAGUCCAGAUGAAUUUGAAUACAGUGACCUAGAUAUCCUCUUAUGCAGCGAAAGAUUCUUUGAGAAAAUUGACAAGCUCGUAUCGAAUAAUGGUAAGAAUAAUACACACACGUUAGAGGAGAACACCCAGAGACAUGUGGGGUUGGUGCUCGUAUGUUUGUCAAUCGUAUGCCUCGGAGUCACUUUGGUAGGAAUGGCAGUUACCUACAGACCUCGGACACUCAUGUCAUCAAUAUUACUGGGACUGGUCGUUUGUCUUUUGCUUUACAACAUUGUGCUUCUGAGCGUUCCCUUUCCCUUCGUGUCGACUUACUCUUGUCGAGUGUCUGGAGCCUCACUUCAUUUCACUUCCACCUUGUCUGUCGCAUUUCUACAACUCUGUGGCCUCCAUGUUGGACUUAUGAUGCGAGCUAAUCGACAUUUUCAGAAUCCCUAUAUUCUUAAAUUAAUUUAUGUGUCAUAUCCCGCAAUCAUGGCACCUAUCAUUGUUUCAGUGACGUACUGGUACGUUGUCAACCAAUCGAGUUUCGUCAUGGUUCCUUGGAUACCAUGGGGACUGCCGUGUUACUAUGACGUCAAUUCACUCUCCCUUUACAUAUCUUGCUUCCCCAUCCUCACAAUGUUGACAUUGACCUUCCUGGUUUUUCUGGUGCUAGCUAUUUAUAGUUACAUCAUGUCCUUUGAGGUUGAUGAUGUAGAGUUUGUACAUCUCUUCGGUUUUUACUGCAAAAUAUCUUUCAUGAUGUUGCUUGUUCAUUCCUUCUGGUUUCUGAUUUCGUACUCCCGCUGGGUAGGAAACAUCUACAUCUUCCUUGUCAGUGAUCUUGUGUUAUCGCUGUACCUUAUGCUGUGUUCUCUGACGGAUUCAAAACUCAAAGCCACAUGUACAAGUACAGUGGAAACCUCUGAUACAAAUGACCUGAAAAGGAAUUCUAGUUGUCCGUGUAAUCCUGCUAGACGACGGCAACCGAAGGAUUUCCGGCCAAUCAGUGAAGCAGUUUCAGAAAAACAAAACGACGAAAAUCGAAAAACAUCAUGCCAUUUGUAGCUAGAAAGAUGAUAUAUGAUUUGUUGUCACAUUUAUCUAAUAUAUCAAGAAGCAUUUUCUUUAUUAAAUCAUCACUUUAAAAGAAAAGUUUAAAAAAAACGAUAUUUAAUACCAAAAGCUAAUCAAAAUAUGCAUUUCAUACACUGUGGUCAUCGCGUCCAUUUAGGUAUCUUCAGUUGUAUUAAAAUUGAUCAAAAUUAUGGAAAUCUGUAUGAUACGGCUAAAGAAGAAACGAUGUGUCAAAAUCUUUUGCUUGACAUUUUAUAAUUUUUGGCUGCUAUAGAUAAUUAAUAUCUGAAUUUUCAAAACGUUCAUUUAUUAGAAGAGCGUGAACAACAUUUCGUGGAGAUGACGUCCACAUGCUAUUCCUUAUAUACAUGUAUGAAGAAGCAGGUCUCUGUGUACUUUUAAACUUUCAUGUAUAUCGGUAUUACGUAACAUAUUAUCAUAAUUUAUUAUAAAUAUCUGACGUCUCCAAUUCCGGAUACUUUUUAAGAACUGAAAACCUGAUUAGUAUUUAUAUAUAUACAUUUUCCCCCAGCUUAUGUGUCCGCGUUGUCCAUGAUUGUAUAUAUGUUUCAGUAUAUCAUAUAUAAUUACUGAACGUUAUGUCUGUAUACCGAUUUUCCGUGAUUUUCCCAAGAUGUAGAUACCAAUGCAUUUCAUAUAAAUAAAGACAAAGAAUAAUGGAUGAUUACAUACAGGUAACCAUUAUAUAUUUUUGAAAUAUGUAUAUAUAUUAUAUGGACAUUAGUUAAAGUAUUGGAUGAGGACCGCGGGUAAAUCAAGGUCGAGAACAAACUGCUCUGUAGAUGCCUUUUUUCAUAUACAUUUUGCGUUUCACGUUUUACGACUUGAUUUCUUAAGUCAGUGACAGCAAAUAUUAUUUCUAAUACUGAAACAUAUAGAAAGUUAAAACCACAAAAUCCAAGAUGACAAUAGAUUUGUUUGACCUUUUGUCAUUAUGUUUUGCAUUGUAUUUUGCUAUUUACAGGUGGCCAUGGAGAUGUGUUGUGGGUCGCCCCUCCUCUGAACCACGUGUUUACUGUAUGAUUUUGUCAGAUACAUGUUUUGUUUGAUCCGUGUAGUGUAGGUUUAUUGUGUUGAUGUGCGUCAUUACGUUUAUGGGUAUUGCCUUGCUAUGUUUUACUCAUUAAAAUUGAGA